UAAAAAAAUUUUGUCUCUUUAUUGGGCCUCAUUUUAAAGAAACUUUAUGCAUUUGUUGUUUAAGGUAUGUCACACUUAUGGAAUAUUCCUGAUGCUGUCCCAGAUGCUAUUCAGGAGAUGGAGGUCCAGGAUUUUGAGGAUAUCAUGAUUACCAGGAUGAAAAGUCUCAUCUUCUGUGAGGGUAAUGCACCUCCAUUUGAAAUUGACCAUGAAUUGGUAGAGUUCACUGAGAAGAGUACAAGAGAUCAGAGAACAUCUGACAUGUGGCAGAAACUACACAUUGGUCGACUGACUAGUUCUUUGUUCGGUGACGUUUUGAAAGCUGGACCCAAUCCAAAUUCUUUAAUCAAGCAAAUUGUGGAGGGUUCCAGUCUUCAUAAGUAUGCUGCUCUACCACCAGCUGUUAAAUGGGGACAGGAAAAGGAAGCCCAGGCACGAUCUGACUAUGUUAAUCUGAAAUCUGCCAUUAACGACAACUUUUCCGUCGAAGAUACAGGUCUCACUUUGUGUGCAGAUCAUGCAUUUUUGGGUGCUUCCAGUGAUGGGAAGGUUUUGGAUGGUGACAACAUAGGUCUCUUGGAAAUUAAAUGCCCCUACUCCAUCCAGGGAACCCAAGUAACCAGGAAGGAAGUGGGUGAAAUUAUUGCCAUGGGAUACCCCAAUUUUUGCCUGGAGGAAAGUCUGGAUGGGCCACGUCUCAAAAAGAGCCACAAGUACUAUGCACAAGUCCAAGGGGAAUUGGCAAUUAAAGGAUAUCCCUCGCAGUUAUGA